GUUUCAAUGUCCUUUACUUUAAAGAACAAAAUGAUACGUAAUUUUUAUUUGGUCUCGUAAAAUCUUUACAUAGUAAAUUCUAUGUGACGUAAAUUUCAUGUCAACAUUUUUCUUUGUCGUUUCGACAGAAACCCCGCAUCCAAAUCAUUAAAAGAAGUUUAUUGCAUUUUUUUGUUCGAAUAAAGGUAAUCAUACGUGUCUAAUAUUUAUUGCAAACCGAUUUUUGUCAUACCCAGUCGUCACCACCUUUACAAUAAAUCUAACACAUAAAGAAACCAAAUAUUAUUAUUCAUUAAACAACAAAAAAAGGCAAAACCUAACUUUCAUUAACUAUUAUCCAAUAAAUGUCUUCCCGAGUUCAAAUCAAUCACCCAUCACCGCUGAUAAACAUCUACGGAACGCUAAUUAUUUUUUAUAACGCUGUUAGAGGUCUGCGCCGAGACCGACGCUCCCCGUGACCUCUCUGCUAACCUCACAAUUUUCCUUAUCCUAAGACAUUUACUUAAGACCUUAACAAGAUAAAAUAAAGUCUAAUUUAGCUUAUAUUAUGCUAAAAUGUUAGUAAUUGUUCGUCUGAAGUACAGUCUUAUAAUUAAAUAGCCAAUAAAAAGGAUGCGACUGCAUGUACGUUGCCAUUUCGAAAAUAAUUCAUCGCUUCUUCGAAUCCAGGUCAGGUUAGCGUCGCGAAGUGAGCGGCGAUGCGCGGCGCAACCGGCCGAAGUGCGCUGCAGUGCGCGCGCCGCCCCUCGCCACUACCGCCCAGUCCUCACCAGCCAAAACCUUUGCCUCUCAAAAAAAUAAUUAAAAAAAAACAAUCAAGGCGUGUACCGAAAACGAGAAUUAAAAUUGGAAAUAAUAAAUAAAGAUGGCGGUCGUAAUGUUUGUGUCGCGGAGUCGUGCGGCCGAGUACUAGUCGCAAUAUGUUACGCGUCAUGUGCGGGACCUAGGCUUUGUAACAUUGUGGUGUGUAUCAGUAUUGUGUUGUGUGUGACUGUUCGUCGCUGCUCAGCCAGCUGUCUUGCCCUUGGGACCAACACCCGUCAAUAAAUUGAAGACACAACAAAUAGUCAAGGAAACCAGUUUUAAUAUCUUUUAUAACGUAAUUAAUAUCUUGUAAUUAUCGUGAUGUGCACAGUGGUAGUGUGGUAAAGAAUAUCGCAUGGAAUUACAUUGUGUUGGUUCGAGUCUCCGGUUCAACAAAAAGAAGAAUAGGACAAGAUGAGCGUCGUAGAUGGGGGGGGCGAGGAGCCGGCGCUCGCGGCCCCGGCCACCACCCCCACAACGCCACCGCCCGCGCUCGCACCCGAUGCCACCGGACCCUUAGUACAGGUGCCAGUUGCCCCCCGCAAGCCCCCGCGGAGAGGGCCCAAAGUUCAGCAGGAGAGGCCGAAGAGGGCCCUGUUUUGUUUGACUCUUAAGAACCCUCUGCGGAAAGUUUGCAUCGACAUCGUCGAGUGGAAACCAUUCGAAUGGAUGAUCCUGACGACUAUCUUCGCGAACUGCAUCGCCCUGGCCGUGUACACGCCGUACCCUGCCAGCGACUCCAACUACACCAACUGGGUUCUUGAAAAGAUCGAAUAUGUGUUCUUAGUAAUAUUCACGGGGGAGUGCGUGAUGAAGAUCAUAGCGUACGGGUUCAUAAUGCACGCGGGGUCGUAUCUCAGGAACGGGUGGAACUUGCUGGAUUUUACUAUCGUUGUUAUUGGGAUGGUUAGCACAGUGUUAUCGAGUAUAUUUAAGGAUGCAUUCGACGUGAAAGCCUUAAGAGCAUUCAGGGUGUUGAGACCACUUCGACUGGUCUCGGGCGUGCCAAGUCUACAGAUCGUGUUAAACUCGAUCUUGAAGGCGAUGGUGCCACUGCUGCACAUCGCACUGCUGGUGAUCUUCGUCAUCAUCAUCUACGCCAUCAUCGGUCUGGAGCUGUUCUCCGGCAAGAUGCAUAAGAGCUGCUUUAAUAAAUAUACAGAUGAGAUCAUGGACACCCCUCACCCGUGUGACCUGGACAACGGUUUCAACUGCUCCAUGAUCGGAGACGACAUGGAGUGCAGGGAAGGCUGGAUCGGCCCCAACUUUGGUAUCACCAACUUUGACAACUUCGGCCUGUCCAUGCUGACCGUGUUCCAGUGCAUCACGCUUGAAGGCUGGACUGAUGUUAUGUAUAAUAUUCAAGACGCGAUGGGCAACAGCUGGGAAUGGAUAUAUUUCGUAUCGAUGGUCAUCCUGGGAGCUUUUUUUGUCAUGAACUUAAUUCUCGGUGUGUUGUCCGGAGAGUUCUCCAAAGAAAGAGAAAAGGCAAAAAACAGAGGUGACUUCCAGAAGCUUCGAGAGAAACAGCAGCUGGAAGAAGAUUUGAAAGGCUACCUGGAUUGGAUAACCCAGGCGGAGUAUCUGGAGCCUUUAGCAGACCAGCAUGACCCAGUGGAUCAGAAUAGAGAUUAUGGAAUAGGGCCAACGCAAAACGAGCACGACUCGACGGACCACUUAGGAAUAGAAACUACAGAACAACAGAAAGUAGCCAUCGGUAAAGUUUGGAAGAAAGAUUUUGACAAGGUGAACCGUCGGAUGAAGCGCGCGUGUAGGCGAGCUGUGAAGUCUCAGACAUUUUACUGGCUGAUCAUCGUGCUGGUGUUCCUAAACACAGUGGUGCUGGCCAGUGAACAUUAUCAACAACCAGAGUGGUUGGACCUGUUCCAAGAAUAUGGCAACGCUUUCUUCGUGGCCCUGUUCACCCUGGAGAUGCUGGUCAAGAUGUACAGUUUGGGUUUACAAGGUUACUUCGUAUCUCUGUUCAACCGUUUCGAUUGCUUCGUGGUGGUCGGCUCCAUCAGUGAGAUGGUCCUCACCAAGACCGAGGUCAUGCCUCCCCUCGGUAUCUCUGUGUUGCGCUGUGUCAGGCUUCUGAGGGUCUUCAAAGUCACCAAAUACUGGCGCUCCCUCUCCAACCUCGUAGCGUCACUUCUCAACUCGAUCCAAUCCAUCGCCUCUCUUCUGCUGCUGCUCUUCCUCUUCAUCAUGAUCUUCGCGCUGCUGGGCAUGCAGGUCUUCGGAGGGAAGUUCAAUUACGAUCCAGUUGAGGAGAAGGAUCGGCACAACUUUGACUGCUUUUGGCAGGCCUUGCUGACUGUCUUUCAGAUCCUAACAGGUGAGGACUGGAACGCAGUGAUGUACGAGGGCAUCAAGGCGUACGGCGGCGUCGGCACGCUCGGCAUCCUCGCCUGCAUCUACUUCAUCAUUCUCUUCAUCUGCGGCAACUACAUUCUACUGAACGUGUUCUUGGCUAUUGCUGUGGACAACUUAGCAGAUGCGGAAUCGUUAACAAACAUAGAAAAAGAAGAAGGGGCUCCUGAAGAAAAGGAAGGUGGAAGUGUGGCUGCUGUAGAAGGUGUUCAUAUAGACACUGAUGAUGAGUAUAUACAUGAUGAUGACAUGUAUACUACGGACAACUCUGAAAGAGAAUAUGAAGAAACAGGUUCUGAAGGAGAUCAACAAGAGGAUAUAGAAGGAGAAAUGGAUGAAAUAGUUGACGAAGAGAAUGAAGCGAUCGAAAGAGUUGAGGAGGAGCAAGAGAGAGGGGAAGACCAGGAGAUGAUGGAGGGACAUCAGAGGAACCAUAUAGUGAAUACAGAGUUGGAUGAAGAACCGCGGCUGAAACGUAAGCCCACGACCUCGUCGGCGCGGCCGCGUCGUCUCUCCGAAGUUGAUAUAUGCGACACUAAGAAACCUAUCCCUGAUGCAACCUCCUUCUUCAUAUUUGCUAAGACCAACAGGUUUCGGGUGUUCUGCUACAAGAUGUCGUCAUCAUCAUCGUUCGGGAACAUCAUCCUCGUGUGCAUCAUGCUGUCGUCCGCCAUGUUGGCCGCUGAGGACCCGCUCGAUGCUGUACAAAAUGGGUUUAGGAAUUGGUUGCUGAGUCAAUUCGACGUGUUCUUCACGGGCAUCUUCACACUGGAGCUGUUCCUGAAGCUGAUCACGUACGGCCUGAUCCUCCACCAGGGUGCCUUCCUCAGAUCCGCCUUCAACGUGCUCGACAUGCUCGUCGUCUGCGUAUCACUUAUCUCUAUGAGUUUUAAGUCGGGUAGUAUAUCGGUGGUGAAAAUAUUGCGAGUGUUUAGGGUGCUGAGACCUUUAAGGGCCAUCAACAGGGCCAAGGGCCUUAAGCACGUAGUCCAAUGCGUCAUCGUUGCCAUCAAAACUAUUGGCAACAUAUUAUUGGUUACGUCUUUACUGCAAUUUAUGUUUGCGGUCAUGGGAGUCCAAAUGUUCAAGGGCAAAUUUUUUAGAUGUAAUGAUAUUUCUAAAAUGACAAAGGAUGAGUGUCAGGGGACAUAUUUAGUGUUUGAGAACCGCAACUAUUUGGUGAGAGAUAGAGAAUGGAAACGGAACGACUUCCAUUUUGAUAACGUGAUGAAGGGAAUGCUUACACUGUUUACUGUGUCCACUUUUGAAGGAUGGCCAGGGUUGUUGUACGUGUCUAUAGAUUCGAAUGCUGAAGACCGAGGUCCCAUAACUAACUUCCGUCCAAUUGUUGCAGCCUACUAUAUUAUUUAUAUUAUUAUAAUAGCCUUCUUUAUGGUAAAUAUAUUCGUCGGUUUCGUCAUAGUGACAUUCCAAAACGAGGGAGAGCAAGAAUAUAAAAACUGUGAGUUAGAUAAGAAUCAGAGGAACUGCAUCGAGUUUGCAUUGAAAGCCAAACCAAUAAGAAGAUAUAUCCCAAAGCAUCGCAUCCAAUACAAAGUGUGGUGGUUCGUGACGUCACAGCCUUUUGAGUACGCGAUCUUCGUGCUGAUCAUGAUCAACACCAUCACUUUAGCCAUGAAGUACCACAACCAACCCCACGAGUACAGCAAGGCGCUCGACCUGCUCAACAUGCUGUUCACUGCUGUCUUCGCUCUUGAGUUUAUCUUCAAAUUGGCUGCUUUUAGAUUUAAGAACUACUUCGGUGACGCGUGGAACACAUUCGACUUCAUCAUCGUGCUCGGCAGCAUCAUUGACAUCGUCGUCUCCCAAGUAAACGAACUCAAAAACCAGGGAAGUGGCAUACCAAGGGCCCACGUCGUUAAGGAGAGCUCAAUACCUUCGAUAAACUUCUUCCGGCUGUUCCGUGUGAUGAGGCUGGUGAAGCUGCUGUCCAGGGGCGAAGGCAUCAGGACGUUGCUCUGGACCUUCAUCAAGUCCUUCCAAGCCUUGCCUUAUGUAGCCCUCCUUAUUCUCAUGCUGUUCUUCAUUUAUGCUGUCGUUGGCAUGCAGGUGUUCGGAAAAAUAGCAAUAGAUGACGACACACCGAUCACAAGAAACAAUCACUUCCAGACAUUCCCUCAAGCGCUUCUAGUAUUGUUCAGAUCUGCUACCGGCGAAGCAUGGCAGGAUAUAAUGAUGGGCGUAUCCCCGGAGCCCGAGGUGAAGUGCGACAAGAACUACCACGAGGAGGGGGAUGUCGAGCCCGAGGACAGCGGCGGCACCUGCGGCAGCGUCCUGGCCUUCCCAUACUUCAUCUCCUUUUACGUGCUCUGUUCUUUCUUGAUCAUUAACUUAUUCGUGGCUGUCAUUAUGGAUAAUUUCGACUAUUUGACUAGAGACUGGUCAAUUUUGGGACCACACCACUUAGAUGAAUUUAUAAGAUUAUGGAGCGAGUACGACCCAGACGCAAAGGGUAGAAUUAAACAUUUAGAUGUAGUUACAUUAUUAAGAAAAAUAAGUCCACCGUUAGGUUUUGGCAAGUUAUGUCCUCAUCGAGUGGCCUGCAAACGUCUGGUGUCCAUGAACAUGCCACUGAAUUCAGACGGGACAGUUCUGUUCAACGCCACACUCUUCGCAGUUGUUAGAACAUCAUUGAAGAUUAAAACAGAGGGGAACAUCGAUGACUGUAACACAGAACUAAGAGCAGUCAUCAAGAAGAUUUGGAAGCGAACCUCUCCAAAACUUCUCGACCAGGUAGUGCCUCCACCAGGAGACCCUAACGAGAUCACCGUUGGAAAGUUCUACGCUACUUUCCUUAUACAAGACUACUUCAGAAGGAAUCACGCGUUCAAAAAGAGGAAGGAGCAAGAGAUGAGGCAGAGUGAUGAGCAGACCCACCAGAUGACGCUGCAGGCAGGACUGAGGACAUUGCACGAGGCUGGGCCGGAGCUGAAGAGAGCAAUAUCUGGGAACCUGGAUGAUAUUUCAGCAGAAUGCGACGUGCCUAUGCACAGGAGAAACCAUUCGUUGUUUGGUGGCGUCUGGUCGAGUAUACGAAGGCAUGGACCUAACCGACAUUUCCACAGACAUCGGAAACAUGGGGACCCACCGGCCGAUGGUGUUGGAAACCACUUGAGUUCGAUGAUGCAGCGGGAGUAUGGAGUUCCGCCACUUCCUCUGACGCCUAGCCUAGCCAAUGGACAACCAAAAGAACAAAUACCGCUAAGACCUCUCAUAUUCAACGGGGAAUCGGAGAAAAUAUACCAAGUGCUAGAAAGAACCACAAAUGACCUAAAGAACACUAUUUACCAAGGCGGAGAUAGCCUGGGCCGCGGUGUGGUGUCGCUGCCCGGCAGCCCGCGAGGGAACAAUGCCUCAGGACCUGUCGUCGUCGGAUCAGCCGAGAGUCUGGUUACGAGAGUCCUAACUGAGCAAGGUUUGGGAGACUACUGCGACCCUGAGUUCGUGAGGAACACAUCCAGGGAGAUGCAAGAAGCACUAGAAAUGACGCAGGAGCAGAUGGACAGAGCCGCGCACCAGCUGAUGAUAAACGAGAGGAACAUAAAACAAGCUCAAAACCAACAACCCCAAGUUGGCGACAUCCUAGCCCGCCAGUACCACCCGUUCCACCAGCCGGCGAGCCUUCCGCCCGCCUUCAAGCGGUUAUAGCACCCGCCCCCGCAGCGGCCGCGCCGCGCGCCCCCCACCCCCCGCGACACACGCACCACAGGAAGAAGAGAAAACGCAAACCAGUGCUCGUUUAGUGAGAUUUUAUUGUAUAAAUAUUGGUUAUAUUAUCUAGUUUCAUAAUUUUAUUCUUCCGUCAGUAAUGACCUGGCUUCGACCGAGUCUUGACGUCUCAUGUAUCUAUGCUCAAAUUCUUUAUUUGUCUAUUUGUCAAACAGGCGGAACAAGUUUAGGUACGUAAGUACUUUUUAAAUUCUACUGCGGUCAGCAGUUCAAGUGAGAUAGUUGUUUAGGUAUUCUAGAGUAAUGUUAGGGCCAAGGAACACGAUCAAACGAUUUAGUACCUAGUUAAAGUUGUAUGGUACUUUUAAUGCCGAUAUUUCUAAUUACGGGCCCUUUUAAAAAUCUUACAUUAGUAAACGUAUUUUUUUCGAAUUCUGAGAGAGUUAAAUAAUUAUCUCAUAAAACAAUAAUAGCUAGAAUUAUGUAAUUGUAAUUGUAUCGUAUAAUUUUAUCCUUUAUACGUAUUUAAAAAUAUAUUUUGCAAAGUAGCGUUGUCUGGUGCAAGUUCUAGUAAUAAAUAAUUUUCUAAAAUGAAAUUGUAUCUUUAAUUAAACAAAUUAAAUUAAUCUCUUUUAUAAAACUUGCAUGAGACAAGCUUAUUUAUUAUAUUAAAGUAUAUUUGAUAACGCGAACAAUCUCUAGCUAAAAUGAUUUGUUAAAGUAAUAAUUAAGCUUUCUAAAUUCUCGAACGCUAGAGCUUUUGUGAUGAAUUAUAAAAUUUGGUGUGAUUUUAUAAAUGAAAUCGCUUUAAUUGUUACAAUUCAGUAUUAUCUGGAAAGCUAAAGUACUUUUUUAGCGAAAUGCGAAAACUAAAUUGUAUAGGCGUUCAUUUUUUAGCGACAGAUCCAAGACAAUACCGUAUUUGAAGACUUUUAACGAACUGAUUGUGUAACUACCCUCAGCGUAGGGAAAUCCAAUUUUCAGUAGUUUACUAAAGAGCUGGCAUUAUAAAAGUUACGCGUUGUAUUGACGA